UCCUUUGCCGGCGGGACGAAAUGGCCGCACACAAACGUACAGGGCAGGUAUCGCCCACGAAGUCUACGGCAAAUCCAAACAUCUCCCUCCUCCGUCUUCCUCACACCUACAUGCUCCUCCUCCGCAGGCUUUUUUGUCCGUCACCAUUUGGAUUCAAGCCGCUCUUCGGGGGCCGAGACCAGUAGUGUCUAUUUUGUUGAGCGCGUUUAGGAGAGAGCUUCGUUUUUGCUGUGGCCGCAGAACCCUGGUCUCCAGCCGCCAUGAAAUCGUUCAGGGAGCGCAUGAAGAAGAUGAACCUGACCGUCAACACCAUGACCGAGGACAUUUCUCGAGCCGGGCCCGAAGAGCGUGGUCCGAAAUUCUCGAACAAAUCUUCGCCGACACGGCUCAGCACUUCGCCGACACGGCCCAGCACUUCGCCGACACGGGUCAGCAUUUCGCCGACACGGGCCAACACUUCGCCGACACGGACCAGCAUGAGAACGCUCUCGAACAAAGGUACGCCGACACGGGCUAGUUCAGGGAACCAUCUGCGCAAGGGGAUCUCGAAGAUUUCUCACAGCCAGCUGUCCCGACUCUACGAGAUCAAGGAGAAAGUCAUGGACUCCGCGCACAAAGGCAUGGAGGUGCGCUUUGCUACGCGGCUCUCCGACAACGAGGAGCUGGUAGUCAAGACGCGCGUCAAGGAGGCGUCCUUCAUGGGAGCCAGUGAGGAGAAGGAGUGGCGAGACACGACGGUGGCGCAGCUGAACAUGCCCAAGGUAGAGAGCAUGUGCGAGUACAUCGCUGUCUACGAGACUCCAGACACAUAUUACGUUUUCAUGGAGCGAGCCGAGGGGAUGGACUUGUUCGAGCAGUUGCAGCGGAUGCAUCUGUCGACGGAGGACGCGCGGGAGAUCAUCUUCCAGAUGCUCACGGCGCUCGAUGUGAUGCAUACCACCGGCAGGAUCCACAAAGAUCUGAAGUUGGAGAACGUCGUGGUGGAUUUGGCGUCCCAGAGGGUGCGAAGGACCAGCUCCAACGGCUCCCUGACCUCCAUAGAGGCGAAGCUGAUCGACUUUGACACCGUGGCGGACUGGGAGCCCACAAGCCCCAAGGCCAAGGAAGUGCUAGGGACCGACGGCUACAUCGCUCCAGAGGCCUACUCGGGGGGGUACGCGCCAGCGUCGGACAUCUACAGCAUUGGCGUCAUCAUGUACAAGGUGUUGACGGGCAAGUUCCCGUACAGGACGGACAUCUUCGACGACCAGCCAGGCGAAAAUUGGGUCGGCAGCCCCGCGAUGAAGCGCAUCCAGAACCGCCUCAUGAGUGAGAAGGUAGAUUUCGCGCUAUCGCCGCUGAACAAGAUGCCAGAUGCCCAGGACCUGGUGAAGAAGAUGAUGGCCCUCAAUCCCAGGGAGCGCCCGUCGGCCGCCGGGGCGCUUCGCCACCCAUGGUUCCGGCAAGUUGGCCACGGCGUGGUGCGCCCCAGGUUGAGGAGCAGAGCCUCCACCUCCGAGGGCACCGGCAGAGUGUCCUUGUCUCCGUCCUACAAGUCCCGAGCGUCCACGUCCACGGCAUCUCCCUCAACUUCGCUCAACUCCAAGAAGUCCGCGAGCAGCACCGCAAGCUCCUGUGCGGAGAAGGUGCUGCUGCCCGGCGAGCCGGAGUGAGGCCUAGACCAAACGCCUUCAGUUGUGUGGAGG